ACCGGCUGCAGCAAACAACGAUGUCCUCACAAGUAGCAGCGGCAGCGGCCGCUGCCGCCGCUGCCGCCGCAGCAGCAACAGCAACAACAACAACAACAACAACAACAACAACAGCAGCACCAGUCGCAGCCGCUCAAAGGCCGCCUGCAGGAGGAGCGGAGGAACCGUUCAGAGCGGCGGCGGAGGUGGGGGAGGCUGCCCAUGACACCGCGGUUUCUUCAGGGCGGUCCAACACCGCAGUCGGAUCUGGAUCGCUUGACUUGAGAGGGCUGGGCACCACGCCAGCAGCAGGAAGAAACAUGAACGGAGAGGCCAUGGAGGAAGUAGAGUCUAUUGGGGAGGAGGAGGAAGAGGAGGAGGAGGAGGAGGAGGGAGACGCGAAUGAAGGAGACCGUGAGCGAUGGUCCAACCGUGAGUUGCAAGCUGCCCUGGCGAUGCAAGCUAGCAGUGUCGUGGGUCUAGCUCCCAAGGUGUACGAGGAUGGUUCGUUUAGUCGCCCAGACUGGAUGGCUCCAAGUUUGAAGUCGCCCAGGUCUAUUGCGGCAGCGUUUAGGCAACGUUUCCCGGAAGCCCCUAUAUGCCGGCCGGUAGACAGCCCUGAGAAGCGUGCCUUGGCAGCGAUGCAGCCGUCGGCAGCCACGGAAAAGAUGAAGUCGCGAGCGAUGGUUGGAGGAAGUACGAACCGGGGCCUCCUGAAGCAACUGUUGAAGGAGGCGGCCAUGGCCGUUUUCGCAACAACGCACGUUGUGUUCGUUGUCUACCUACUCGAAGUGGUUUUCUUCGACGUUUUGGUCAAGAUUCCGGAUUUUCAGGCAAGCUUUGUAGUACAUGAAAUACAGCUCUGCAGACACGUUGCUCGCGCUAGGUCGCCUUCUCCAAUCCACAUCCACACAGGUGGGCAAGAGGAGUGCCCGACGAGAGGCCCGAGGGUAAGAACUCUUCCGUUGUAUCAUUCUUGUUUCAGGUAACGACCUACAGCGGGUCAACGUCCGUGAGGAUGAUCUGUCCUGGAUGCAGGUCGAACACGUUUGUGAAGCCUCCCGGAGUAUCAGGGCACGGCUGGAGUAAUGCGAGCGCCACGAAGAUCCGAGCGAUCCCCGAUGUAGGCAGGGUGGUGGUUCCAUUGUCUGGCAGGUACGCCUGCCGGAAUCCCAAUUGCCCUCUGGUGUUGGCGAGUGCGAAGAAGGCAGCCAAAAAAAAAAAGGUGGAGGUUGCGGAUGACGGGUGGGAUGAGGCCACCACCCAGAAGUGGUGCCCAAACGGCGCAACCUUCACCACCCAGGACGACAGAUACAUGCAGGUGUUGCCUGAGGAGGUGGCGUUGCGUCUACCCUUCCGAUAUUUCAGGCAAAGUGGCUCAUCAGAGAUGUUGCUGGACCAAGUGAGGGCGAUGGAAGGCGACCUUCAGGUGUAUCGCAGGGCGUUAGCUGCAGGCGACCAAGGUCGGGAGUUGAGAGACAUGAGGAGAUACAUGUCGUUUGCCGAGAAGCACGGGGAUGGAAGUUUGUGGCCAGGGUGGAAGUUCGUUCGCGGGACUCUCGUCGGCACCCCGUCCGUCGCCGUGUUGAACACAAUCUACAACGCCGGGCAUGAUGAGGAAAAGGACUACAUGAGGCGCGUGAUUCAAGCCGAGUGCGAGGGCCAAAUUGUCAACAUGGAUGGCACGUGGCGCAUCGGUUUGAGGGUGCCUGGAGUACCCGCUUGCCUUUAUUUCUUGUUGGGGGAGAACGCCAAGGUCCACGACUACGGAGCUAUCACAAGCGAAAGCAAGUCAGAGCUCCGUCCACUUUUCAUGAGGUACGCGGAUAGACGAAGGCGGAACGGCACGUUGCCCACACUUCAGUACCUGUACGACGACAUGUGCUGCAAGAACGCUGUGGACGUGACGGAGCCAUGGAUGAAGUCGAUUUUCACGGGCUUGUCGCGAGCGGCGCUUUCAGAUUCUUUCCACUUCGGACAGGUACAAAAUUCCUUCAUGACGUUGCAACAGGAGGAAAUGUUGAUGUUUUUAAUCGUUGUUCACUCAUUCGUUUGAUAGCGCACCAGACAUCGUACUGAAGGUCUCCUUCGUUUUGCAUCCCAUACGUCGUACCUGAACCACUUUUUUGCCCCGUCGCGUGCAUCCCCUCGUUCCACAUUGUUGGUAUUCUACUGCGGUUUUCCGUUGACACCCUCUCCGUAGACUCUUGUGGGUGCAACUACAUCCAAAGUCCACCCACGAAGGGCUACGUUCGCGGCGGGAGUUGGACAGAUUGUCCGCCACCGGUACCAACCUGAUGUUGAUGAGGUUGUGGCGUACUUGCAGCGUGAGAAUCGGGGGUUGUCGAAGGUAGACGCGGAGGUACUGGCUAAAAAGAGAGCAUGGUCAGCUUGCGUGAGGACUAUUUCCCGACCAGCCGACGUAGUGGAGAAGG